UUUUUUGAUCACCUUUCUUCUACUAAUUAAAAUUAGCCAGUUGGCUUUCACAACAAGUGGUCUCGAUCCAAGCUCCACUCCACACCAUUCUACUAUUACAACACUAUAUAUAAACCUAUCUUUCUUAAUUGGGAUCAUCCCCAUGGAAGCCAAGGCGAACUAUAUAUGAUAAACUGAGACAAAGUUGGAGAGAAAAGGGUAACAGUAGAAAUAGUACUACUGAGAUUGUUGAUCAGCAGCAGCAGCAGGAGGAGGUUUUUAUGGACAAUAACUUGAUUGACACCGAGGAUGAAGAAGUAGUCGGAGGCGGAGGUGAAUCAAGCAGCUUGAUUGACAAGGAUAAGAGGAAGAGAGGGGCGGUGCUGCAAGGGAGGUCAUCUUCGUCAAGGGCGUCUGGAGCAGGCGGUGGUGAUGUCUCGUCACCGACCUGUCAAGCAGAGAGGUGCGGAGCUGAUCUAAAUGAUGCGAAACGCUAUCACCGCCGCCAUAAGGUCUGCGAGUUUCAUUCCAAAGCAUCCAUCGUUGUCGUUUCCGGCCUCCGACAGCGGUUUUGCCAGCAAUGUAGCAGGUUCCAUGAAGUAUCUGAGUUUGAUGAAGCAAAAAGAAGCUGCCGUAGGCGUUUGGCUGGACAUAAUGAGAGGCGCAGGAAGAGCACAGUUGAGUCUUAUGGAGACGCCAAAACCUCAAAAGAAACUCAACACUGUAAUCGGUCAGAGUUCGAUGACCAGCAAAAAUAUCUGGGCAGUUCUUACAAGCAUCUCCAUUUUAGAUCAUGAAACAAAUUUACUUACAAUAUAUAAUAUACAUACGUAUAUGCUCCCUCUCUUCUGUCACCCUUUUGGAACUCAUAUAUAUUCCACCUAUAAUAUAAAUAUAUAUAUAUAUUUAAAUAUAUAUAUAUAUAUUUAUGCCAUAAUAAAUAACUGGUGCGUAUCUAUCCAUUGCUGAUAUGCACUAUGGUCUCAUGAA